AAGAUGGUAAAUGGUAAGACACCUAUGAUUGCUGCUAUUGAUGCUGGCUCAAGGAAAUGUAUACUUCUCUUGUACAAGGCUGGUGCUGAUCGGAAGGAAGCUUUAACAUAUGCUGCUGAACAUCUCCACGCUGAAAACGUUGUUUCAAGUGACUUUGUCAAAUGCAUACUGGACGAUUUUAAUACCAAGCGUAUCAUUCCUGGUGAGCCUGUUGUUAAGCGGGAAACAAGAGAUGGAGGGUUUAAGGCAAUAGCGAAUUACGCUUUCAAGAAUAAGGAUUUUGAAUCUGCAGAACGAUACUACACUUUGAUGAUAGCGCUUGAUCCUGAUGACGCAAUCGCGUUCUCCAACAGGAGUGCUUGUUGGCUUCUCAUGGGUGAUGGAGGGAAAGCUUUGUCUGAUGCUGAUGAGUGCAGGAAAAGGAGGCCUGACUGGCCAAAGGCUUGCUACCGGCAAGGCUCAGCUCUAAUGUUACUAAAGGACUACAAGAGGGCGUAUGAACGAUUUUCUGAUGGACUCGAGAUGGACCCAGAGAACGCUGAGAUGGAGGAUGCCCAAAGGAAAGCUUCGGAGGCCCUGCAGGAAAGCAUCAGAGUCCCUGAAGUUGUCUGGAGGCCCCAAGCCUGAAUGACUCCUUGGAUAUGCAACGAAAAGGAGUUCUGAUUCCUAGAAGUUGUGGGCAGUUCAGGACUUGAUUUAUCGAUCUGAAUAUUACGCUUUAAGAAUUGAACCAUAUAUGGUUUUAUAAGUACUCGUGUUUCU